AUGACUGAUGCGCCUGAGGACGACGUGCCUGGUCAGCAUACGCCAGAGCUGACCGCAUAUACCACGCCAGCCACAGAGGCAGACAUCCAGCGUGCCGACCUGCGCACCAGCCCUCGUGAGCCGACCACCGUAGGGGCUUCCACAAGCACAGGUUCGCCGUCCGAACCUGCAGCAGAGACCACGCCUGCUCAACUUCACCACAGUCGGAAAUUCCAUAUCCUCACCGACCACAAGCCGCUCACGUCUACCUCGACCGCUACCAAGGCUGCCCACACCCCACAUGAGAUCCGCCAGCUUGCCUACCUAUCGGAGUUCACGAGCGAUAUCCGGCACAUCAGUGGCAAAGACAACCCCGUGGCUGACGCACUAUCCCGCGUAGAAAUCAACGCAACGUUGGAUGAGCGCCCGCCAGUCGACUUUGCAGCCAUGGCUCCUGCACAACAGGAGGACAGCGAACUUCAGGUUCUCCGACGCCAAGAGAACUCCCUCAAGUUCGAAGAUGUCCAACUUCCAGGCUGCGUGAUUCCCCUCGUUUGUGACAUGUCUACGGGUUUGUCCUCGCCCGUCUGGCGUUUUUUUGUGGAGCGGAUGUACCAUAAGAAGACGGCGGAUGAGAGCCCGGACGCACCUGCCGCAACUCCCGUGCAUCGCUUCAGCCGUCGGCUGCGAGGCCUCGCUCCCGAGCUCACCCCCUCGCAGGAACCCGCCCCAAGCCGCCGCUCACCCCUACCAAUGGCCAACCCCAGCCCUCAACAAGUACUCCAAGGCUGCGGUUCUCACAACCCAUCUCAGACAGAGAUACAGACAAUACUUGAAAUGGGUGUUGACCCAGACCGCAUAAUCUACGCCCACCCUGUGAAAAGCACGUCCCACAUGAAGUUCGCCGCCGCACACGGCGUGACGUUGAUGACGUUCGACUGUGUCGAAGAGCUGCAGAAAGUCGUAGACAAGAACGCCAGGUUAUUGCUUCGAAUAAAAGGCGAUAGUGAUGGUUGCAAGAUUUCAUUCGAUCAGAAAUUUGGUUGCAGCGUGGAUGAAGCGAGACAUAUUCUGGAAACUGCACGAGAUCUCCACUGCAACGUAGUUGGUGUAUGUUUCCACGUCGGUGCUGCCUACCAAAACCCACGGAUCUUCUCUCGCACUAUACAGAUGGCCAAGAUGGUGUUCGACAUGGCAACGGAGCUCGGAAAGCCCAUGACGAUCCUCAAUAUAGGAGGCGGCUUCCCAGGUGGAGUACGCAGCAUCUGCACAUUCAAGCAGGUGUGCGAGUCGGUCCGGCGUGCAACCGCUGAGCACUUUCCGUCGAGUGGAGUGCAGAUCAUCGCUGAGCCUGGCCAGUUCUUCGUCGCGUCAGCCUAUCACCUCGCUGUCCGAGUCGUUGGCAAAAGACGCAGGGACAUUGUCAUUGAUGGUGUCGUUCAAACACACCAAGACGUAUUUCUGAACGAGAGUAGAGAUAACUGCGUUUCCCGCCACCUGUACGAAUUCUCUGACGUGGACGUCGUACCCUUAGAGGACCCACGAGAGAGAAAGCGGGACAUACUGACAACGUUGUGGGGUGGCACCUGCAACCCUCUUGACCUCAUUGAUUCUAAAAAGAUGUUCUUUGACGUGAACGUCGAUGAGUGGCUACUAAUGGACAACAUGGGAGCCUACACGCUGAGCUUCGCCUGUGGCUUUAAUGGAACUGGAUUCCCGAUUGUUCAUUACAUCGUCCCAGCGGCUACAGUCUCUUCUGUCAGUCAAGUAAUAGAGCGCUCAGCCCUGCGAAGCGGAUACAGCCAACCUGAGAAGGCCCUUAGUAGAGACUUUGUGUCACGCAAGCAAGAACGUUCUGGUAGCGAUCUAAGCUGCAAUGGUCGUUGACUUGUGUUGUCACGACUACCUCGAUGGAGUACACAACGGACCUUUAAUCGUGUAAUGCGUCGAGGUACUCACCGAAUUCACAAUUCACGCUAUCUUCAGCUCAUUAUUAAAGCCAGCACCUCACUUCUCAGUGCACGUUGUGUCGUUCUCUCAACCGUUUUUUUUAAAUAAGUUGCUUCAUGUAUUAUUUAUAGUUCUGCUUCAAUUUUGUUGCUUGUCCGAUAGUUGUUGUCAUAAGACGACCAACAUAACACUUGCGCGAUUGCACGCUUCAUUUCCUAUUACCGA